AUGUCGACUUCACAAUCAAAAUCACAGCUCGAAGCACUCCCCACAGAACUCAAAGUACAAGUCCUUCGAUCUCUCCCAAGUGUCACCUCUCUAAAUGCCCUGACCCACUCAUCACCACGACUCUACAACGCUUAUCACAGCGAGGAAUAUGAACGUAUUCUCCAACAAGUACUAGAGAACGAACUCGGAAGCAAAGUUCUAGAAGAAGCGUGGUUCGUGAUUAGAGCAGCUCGGCACGUACAGCUGCGAGCCGGUAAUGUUUGGGGUGACCAAAUGGACGACACAUCGCAAGAAACAAUAUCAGAAUUAUUAAAGAGUAGAAGAAAUCUAGAUAAAACUGAGCUGGGCAUCACACUGGAUGAUAUGAUUUGGUUUUCAAGGAAGUUGCCCGCACUCCAAGAAUUGACGAUGACAUUCUUUGAAAGUACGAUAGGAAAUCAUCCAAUUACUGGAGAACGGAUCCCCUUGUCAGCCCCUUCAGCAAAAUCUCCUUCCAAGAGCGAGCUCUGUCGUAUUCAACGCGCAUUUCUUCGAAUAGAGGCUUUUACCUAUUUAUUUUCACUUGGAGACCACGAUUCCUCAGCGUACAAAUCCGCUCAAGAUCCAAGUGGUCCUUUCUCAGAGCAAGGAUUGAAUCGUAUUUACUGGCACGACUGGAAACGACGCGGACGUCUGUGUGAGCUAUGCGAGGAGCAGCAAGUCCUAUUUUUGAAUCGAUGUGAGGAAUGGGAAAUUGAAGAAAUGAUUUGCGUGCGAGAUUGGUAUCUCAGGGAAUAUGAUGCUCUGUACAAGCAAUAUUCGAAGGAAUGGAAAGACGUGUGGAUUUAUCAAGAAUGGAUAGAUGGAGACCGGAACCGCUCCCUCGAGGAAGCCGCAAAUAGUGAAUGGCUCAGGGAAAAGAGUUGGAUUGAUUGGGAAAAUGUGAGCGAAUUGGCUAUGAGCAAGGGGUUUGAGUUGUUGGCCGGAGUAAAACGCAAGGAAACUGGAAAGGAGAAAGUGAACUUGAUAUAUAGUGCCAUAGACAGUGAUGCGAUCUACUUCAUCGAGGUGAACAAUUUCUUGUCCAUGACAUUGGAUGAAUGGGAAUUCUUAAGGACCAAGGAUGCAACGAGAAGAGACAUCUCCAUUCAAACUAUACAAGAGUGUUUGAAAGAACAAUCUGUAUGGGAAGAGUCAGGAAGUAAUGCAGCAUGGUGUUGGGUGCGUAGACAAUGGGAAAGAGACCAUGGGAAGUGGAACCAAACAGGAAGGUGUUUGAGAAGCUGGGGGUAUGUAAUGUGGGAUGCUUGGAGAUUAGAUGCGCUGGGUAUUUUUGGCAGUGACGUCGAUGAGAUUGGGAUGCAUGGACCAAAGAAAUUUGGCGGAGAUCUGUUAUAUCGGAUUAUGUGA